ACACCGAGGUUCAGACAGUAACCACCAUGAAGGCUUUCAUUCUUCUGGCUCUCUUUGCUGCGGCUUAUGCCGCUCCCAUUGAGGAUGACAAAAUUGUCGGGGGAUACGAGUGCAGGAAGAACGGCGUGCGCUAUCAGGUGUCUCUGUAUUCUGGGUAUCAUUUCUGCGGAGGCUCCCUGAUCACCAGCAGCUGGGUAGUGUCUGCUGCUCACUGCUACAAGUCCCGCAUUGAGGUGCGUCUUGGUGAGCACAACAUUGCAGUCAACGAAGGCACUGAGCAGUUCAUCAGCUCUUCCAAAGUUAUCAAGCAUCCUAACUACGACAGCUAUACUCUGGACAACGACAUCAUGCUCAUCAAGCUGAGCAGCCCUGCCACCCUGAACAGCUACGUGGGAACUGUGUCCCUGCCCUCCAGCUGCGCCUCUGCCGGAACCACGUGUCUCAUCUCUGGAUGGGGCAACACAAGCGCCUCUGGAAGCAACUACCCUGACCGUCUGAUGUGCCUGGAUGCCCCCAUCUUGAGUGACAGCAGCUGCAGAAACUCCUACCCUGGAGAGAUCACCUCCAACAUGUUCUGUGCUGGAUUCCUGGAGGGAGGCAAGGACUCCUGCCAGGGUGACUCUGGUGGCCCUGUCGUGUGCAACGGUCAGCUGCAGGGAGUGGUGUCCUGGGGCUAUGGCUGCGCCCAGAAGAACAGACCUGGUGUCUACGCCAAGGUCUGCAACUACAACACCUGGAUUCGCAACACCAUGAGCUCCAACUAA